UUGCUAAGCAGACCGUCGCUGCGCGUCGCCCGCGCGCUGCUCGCUCUCACGCCCGGUGCACAGAACCUUGAUUGUCAGAUCGAGAUACUAGAAUUCAUUAGCGGUCAGUUGCAAUCAGGCGCGCUGCCACUCGAUCAGGAAGUUAUAAAAGGCGUUCAAGGAUUAGCAACAACGAUUACUAGCGAACGAUCUGAUCGCGCUUGGUUAGCUUUAAUGAAGCGCCUUCGUUCCCAAAGAGAUCAUUCGCUUGCUAACUAUCAAAGUGCAAUACAAAGACCCCGAAUACAAUGGCAUUUAGACGUUCUCCUCGAUUGUCACGAGAAAUCCAUAGAAGAAUUCUUCAAAAUUGAGAAUCCAUCCUGUUUGGAUAUUUCAGAAUUUUUCGAAUAUAUACGAUCAAGAUUCGAAGUAGACGUCAACAUAAAAGCUCGCUUACAACCAUAUCUGCAAACACUUAUCAAAUUACGUCCGCAAGCGUUGGCGGCUAUAGUUAAAGACCAUUAUGAAAGUUCUAUUAGUUCUAUAUUAAGUUCGUUAGAGAAGGAAUACGUUCUGGAAUUCGGUGAUUGUCUCCUCGAUAUGGCGUCUCUAAGUGGUGACGCCGCCGCUAUUUACUUACGUAAUCUAUGUGUACUGCGACCCGCAGAUGUGAAAAACUUCUUAGAAAAUGGUACAGGUAUUGUACGUCCGGAAGACGCCCUAGAGAUAGUCAAAGAAUUCGGUCCACGUGAUGCUGUUCCCUUCUGUCUCGAAGCUACUGGCGACCCUUCCGGUGCACUGGAUGCGCUUCUAGAUAUUAUAACGUCGAAUAACGAAACCAAAGCGAAUCACAUCGCCGAGGCGUGCGAUCUCUGCGUUCGAGUAGCGCCGACCGUUCCGCCCGACGUGUCCGCAGAAAUGUGGACGCGAUUGCUGCGUCGCGUAGACGAAGUGCCGCCGUCGCUACUGUUCGAGGCUAUUGCGUACCUGCCGGUCGACGAGUUGUUGGUUAAAGCGUGUGAUUCGCCUAAGGUGGCAUUGACGAUUUUGGAGAGCGGCGCGGGGAGGAUGCGAGUUUGGGCAUGUGCGAGGCGGAUAGCCGAGCGGGAGGCGCACGGGGCGUUAGCGAUGGCUUUAGCGGGGGCUCGUCGCGGCCUGCCCGUGAGAGGGACGUGUCUCCGCUGCGGCGACAGCUUGGCUGCACGAGCCGCCGCCCGCACCGCGCACUGUGCGCGAGCGGUGCACGUCGACUGCGACGCUGAAACCACAUGCCAAACGUGCGGUAAACGAAUCCCGUCCUCUGUAUACAUCCUGCCGCCUAUAAAUAGUCGCCCGAUCACGUCAACGCCUCAAGAAUAUCCCCUGUCGUUGAUAGCCCCGCCCAGACCCGACCUUGAAGGCGUUGCGUGA